UAUCUUCGAGCUAGCUUGCUAACAUAAAUUGUUUGAAUUUGAAACUAAUAUCAACAGAAAGUUUAAAGAUAAUCUUACAACACUUGAUGGAAUAUCUCUGUCGUUAGCCUUAAUCAACAGAUUCGGUCAGGUUUAUUUCUGUUCGUUUUUUUAAAGUACUGUCAAAUUACCUUACCACUCUCCUCUGGACCAAAACCAUCGCAGUGUAACGAUAGCUGCUAACGUUUAUGUUAUGCGACUGAAACGCUGUCAGAUUUCCUACACAUUUUAACGUUUUAUCUGGGUCUAUAGAUUGUAUUAUGCCAUGGACCCAAAAAUACCAUACGAUGACUACCAACUACCCGUGGUUUUUCUCCCUUCGUACGAGAAUCCACCGGCAUGGAUCCCUGCACAAGAGCGCGUCCAACACCCAGACUAUAACAAUGAACUUACACAGUUUCUUCCUCGCACCAUCGUCUUGAAAAAACCUCCUGGAGCCCAGCUUGGCUUCAAUAUUCGUGGAGGCAAAGCGUCACAACUUGGCAUCUUCAUUUCUAAGGUAGUCCCAGAUUCUGAUGCACAUCGUGCUGGACUUCAGGAGGGAGACCAAGUGCUAUCUGUAAAUGAUGUUGACUUCCAGGACAUCGAACACUCCAGGGCUGUUGAGAUUCUGAAGACAGCUAGAGAGAUUUUGAUGAGGGUGCGCUUCUUUCCCUACAAUUACCAGAGACAGAAGGAGAGAACUGUACACUAGGUGGCAGAGGAGUGUUGCAUAUCCAAAUGAUGCAGUCAAAUAGGUCGAGAUGUUAUGGAGAGAAUCACGUAAUUUUUGCCCUCCCAUGGACUACAGACUCCCUCUUUAGGUAUGGCUGGCUGGACUUAAACAUACUGAUCCUGGCUUCAUGAUAUGUUCCCAUACACACACUUACAACAUCUACCAGAUAACAUCACCCAAGUCAACCCUAUCCUCCCCAGCAGAGAUGCACUGUUCAAUUGCUCAGAGAGGCUGAGUAGGUGUCCAAGAUGAGAGGUUUGGUACAUUGUAAAAUAUCAGGAAAAUGUAUGUAUGAAUCAUGCCUCAACAGUAACGACAGUUCUAUAGUAAUUAUUUAUGUAUAAAUAUCCGAACAAGAUCUUGCCUUGUACAGUGCAUGGAAGCAAUGGCAAAGCUUGCUGCUUUUUCCAUUGUCAUCAUUAGGUCAGUUAGUGACAAGCAGCAAGUGAAAUAACAGAAAUUUUGUAUUGCAUUAAUUGGAAUGUUUUUUUUUUCUUUUUUGAAAGUGCUUUUAAAGUGUAAUUCUGGCGAAAUUUGACCAAAGGGUGUUUUUCUAUAUUAAAACACAUCAAAUAAUUGUUGAUCAACCACUACAGGGCUUGGCCUGGUAUAUGCUAUAGCCCCAAAUCGCAAACAGUGGAUUAGCUAAGGGCAAUAAGCCAAACGCUUCCCAAAUAGCAUUUUUUAAUCAGUGAUAUUGUUCAAAACAGCACCAAACCUCGUCAGUAGCUUGCUUAGGGUAUCUACACAUAAAACAAAACACCAACAACCUAGUUAGCAAACCCAGAGUUUCACCAGAUUAAGCCAAAGUCCUUUUAGGCAAGUCCCUCCACUCAGUGGCCAUAUUGCAACGCUUUUUGGGCACUCAUCGGGCAUCCUCUUCGGCAGAAAUGUGCGUGAGCAAGGCUUUACGACACCAAUCUUGCUCC